AUGGAUGCCACGACAAUAGCAGUCCAUUGGCAUGAUGAGAACAAACCAAUAUACUCCGUUGAUUUUCAACCAACAAAGGAUCAAUCUAAAUCAUUAAGAUUAGCAACAGCUGGUGGUGAUAACAAUGUUCGAAUUUGGAAAGUUAUAGAAAAUUCUGUUGAAUAUUUAUCUACCUUAAUAAAACAUACACAAGCAGUCAAUGUUGUAAGAUUUAAUCCUAGAGGAGAUUUAAUAGCAACUGCCGGAGAUGAUGGUCAUAUUUUUUUAUGGAAAAAAAGUGAAACAAUUAUAAAAGAUUUGACUAAUGAAAAUGAUGAUGAAUUAAAAGAAAGUUGGCAAGUUGUUGGUAAUAUCACUAUCGGUACGGAAUUAGUUGAUUUGUGCUGGUGUGAAAACAAUUUCAUAGCUGUUGGAUCUAUGGAUAAUGUUUUAAGAAUAUUUCGUAUAAGAGAAAAAGAAUCAACAAAGUACACAGGUACAUUAAUCAAAACUUUUGAAGAUAAUGAUCAUAUAUUACAAGGAGUAACAUACAGCAACAAAUAUUUAUUUACACAAUCGGCAGAUCGUACAGUUACAAUAUAUAAAUUUGAAGGUGAAGAUAUUUCAAAAGUACAAAAAUUUCAAAAAAUAGGAAAUUUACAAAUGUAUCAACCUGAAAAUUUACAAUCAUUUUUCAGAAGAUUGAAAGCAUCACCUGAUGGAUCAUUAUUAGUUACUCCAGCUGGUUUGGAUGAAACUACCUCACAUUGUGUUUACAUAUACUCAAUUAACAAUUUACCGUCAGGUCCAAUAGCUAGAUUAACUGGAUUCACUAAACCUGCUGUAGCCAUUUCAUUUAGUCCAGUCAAGUACAAUUCUCCUAGCCUCCCUUAUUCAAUGAUAUUUGCAGUUGCCACAUUAGAUAGUGUUUUGAUAUAUUCAACAGAGGAUGAUUUCAAACCAUUAGGACAGGUUUCAAAUUUACAUUAUCAAGCUAUAUCAGAUCUUGUAUGGGACAAAGAUGGUUCGAGAUUAAUAAUUGGCUCAAUAGAUGGAUUUUGUCUGAUUGUGAAUUUUAAUGAAGGUGCGUUCAAUACUCCCAUUACUGAAGUAAUUCAACUUGAUGAUUCCAUUUCCACAAAAACACCACUAAAAGAGUCAACAAAUACUAAAGCAUCACCAACAAAAGCCAACACUCCAACAAUCGACUCAUUUUUUAAUAACACCAAACAAAAGAAAGAUAAGAAAGAAAAAAAACGAAUCACUCCUACUUUAAUCCCACAAUAG